AUGGCUUCUUCCAUUACCUCUUCUUUUCAAAUCAGCAAUUUUAAGUCUGUUUUUGUCGGCAACAAAAGUAGGCUAAGAGUUUCAAGUGCUCCUACUACUCAUGUUGGUUUCUCCAGAAAGAUCAUAGAAUGUAAGGAUUCAAGAAUUGGGAAACAACCAAUUCCUGUUCCAUCCAAUGUUACAAUCAAAUUGGAAGGGCAGGAUAUACAAGUGAAAGGUCCUUUAGGAGAACUUUCGUUAACUUAUCCUCGAGAAGUUAAGGUUGAGAGGCAAGAGGAAGGGAUUUUAAAGGUCAGUAAGGCAGUCGAAACCAGAAGGGCAAACCAAAUGCACGGGCUUUUCAGGACACUUACAGACAACCUGGUGGUUGGAGUAUCUAAAGGUUUUGAAAAAAAACUUCAACUUAUUGGUGUUGGUUAUCGUGCUAUGGUAGAAGGAAAUGAAGUAGUGUUGAAUCUUGGAUUUUCUCAUCCUGUUAGGAUGACGAUCCCUAAUGGUCUAAAAGUGAAGGUGGAUGAAAACACCAGAAUAACAGUUAGUGGAUAUAACAAGUCGGAUAUUGGUCAAUUUGCGGCUUCAAUUAGAAAAUGGAGACCCCCGGAACCGUACAAAGGUAAGGGUAUCAAAUAUGAAGAUGAAGUUGUAAGGAGAAAAGAAGGAAAGGCAGGGAAGAAGAAGUGA